AUGGAUAACGAAAAUAAAAGAGGGAGACAAGCAUCAUCAUCUUCUAAGGCCGAGGGUCCUUUUUCGACCUUGAUGGGAAAUUGCCCAAAAAAAUCGAUGGAGAAGAAGAAAACCUUUUGUCAGACUCAAACCCAAAUGGAGUCAAAACCGGAAUACAAGCUGGACACUCUUAUGGAGUAUGCUGUUAAACAAAAAAUCACCAAAGCCGAGGCAGCAAAAAUAAAGAAAGAGCUGUCAUUUGAAGUUUUGAACACCACUGGAAAUGAGGAAACAAUCGCACAAGUGAUCGCCGAUAUGAGCUCUGGUCCUCAGUAUGGACCAGUCUUCGAAGAUCUUAAAAAGGAUGUCCCACAGUUGAAGUCAAUGAUAGUGGCAAGACAGGAGUUUAUCGAUGCACCCGAGAGAUUGAAGGCGCUGUAUUAUAUUAAGGCCGACAGCAACACCACAGCCGAACAACCUGGACCAUCAAAUGGGAAAGAAACUGGCAGCUCAUCCAAGUAUAAUCAAUAA